AUGACUGCACGUCCGGACAGCGUGCCCGAGGAGGAAGCGAACUCGGGCUUCAGUCACGACGAGGGCGAGCAAGAGCCCGACGUUCUUGGUGCCUCCAGUGGUGAGGAGUCAGCCCCCAAUAACAACUCGGCCGCGACACCGAGGAAACGGAAGCGGGUCAAGUACCAGAAGACAUCAUCGAUGCCUUUCGCCAUCCCGACGCCAACGGCAGCAUCAUCAGCCGGCCCCAGGGCUGACAGGGUCAAGACGCCAUCGUCACAAAGGACGCCGGGACUUGUAUACUCCUGGAGCCCUUCUGGCAGACUGGCGAAGGCCCAGGAGACGGGGAGUGACCGCACAUCCGGUACAAAGCACUUCUCAAUUUGUCAGUCAGCGAAUCCUUUCAACAAUUCCUCCGGGAAUUCCAUCACAUCCGAAAAGAGCCCGUCUUCGAUCUCUUCAGGCACGGAUCUGCCACCUCACGACAUUGUCUACACACUUGUCGACCUCUACUUCAAACACUGCAACACCUGGUGUCCUAUCCUCGACCGGAAGACGACUUUCGGCGCCUUCUUUGGUUCGACCUCUCUCACCGAAGCAGACCGCGUGCUGCUCCAUGCCAUCGUGGCCACGACAUUGCGAUUUUGCAAAGAUCCCCGCCUUUCGCCAGAAAUGAAGGCCCACUACCACGCUGUGUCCAAACACACUGUUCAGAUAUACGCAAUGGAACGAGUCAGCGUCGAGGCACUGCGAGCGCUGGUCAUACUCUGCUUGGACGAGCUGGGAACAUCAAACGGGCCGCGAGGCUGGAACCUGCUGGCCCUCAUUGCGCAGAAUGUGAGGCAACUCGACCUCUGUGAAGAGAGCAGCGUCUUCCUGUCCGCUGAUGCAGAAGAUAUGCCGCAGACGGGCUCCAUGCGGCGGGUCGUCAACGCACCACCUGACUCUUGGAUUGAGGACGAGGGUCGGCGACGACUCUGUUGGAUGGUGUACCUGCUUGACCGCUACGCCACCAUCGCCACGACAAUUUUUGACUUCAUGCUCGAGGAUAGCAAGAUGCAGCGUUGUCUGCCUUGUUCCUACGAUCUAUUUUCGAGAAACGUCCCUGUGGAAACACGCCCCUGGAGCUGGUCGCCCGAGCAUGGUGCACCCACACACAUGGUCAACCGGCCAGAAAACCUCGGCAGCUUCUCCUAUCACUGCGAGAUUCUGCGUAUCCUCAGUCGAGUGCACGAUUUCCUGAAAGUAUCCAUCGAUGUUACCUCGUCGCCAGAAAUGGCUCGGUGGCGGAACAGGUACCGCAUCCUCGACCGCGCACUUGACAACUGGCUCCAAAGCCUGCCCAGCGAGUACAGCAAAAUCUCAGCCCUCUGUCACUCGGACCCAGCCAGUCGCGUGGCCAACUGGUUCAUGUUGCACAGCGCCUUUGUCACAUCGGUUGUGCGGCUCCAUUCCUCUGCAGCUUAUCCGACAAUCCGCUCCAACAUAUUCGUGCCGUCGCAUUAUGCGAUGCAAAGAUGUCUCUCAGCUGUGCAGAGUCUUGGCGACAUCGCCCAGGAUGUGCUUGACGCGAACGGCCUCGAUUUGCUCGGCCCACCAUUUGCAUUCUCGCUGUGGGUGGCGGCAAGGCUACUUCUCGUGCACGCUGCCACCGUAGAGUGCCCUGUCGACCCGCGCGUCGAUUUUUUCAUUGAGACGCUCCAACAUGUGGGGAGGUACUGGGAAGUAGCUGACAAUUACGCCAAAAUCCUUGCACGAGUCGUGCAGAGGGGGAGACAGGGCGACAUGACAUUUACUGCUAUGAGGAAGAGCGCCCAUGAUUUGGUGACGCUGACGUCCACAACCCGAAGGUCCGGCGCCGAGCCGACCUCGACCCAGAUCACGUCAUUGAGCGAAUUGGACUACCUGGAUGUUUUUGACUUCUUCAACUACCCCAAAGUCGCUCAGCCCGGGAUCACAAUACCGAACAGCCAGACGAACCUCAUACAUUCGCAAGCACUGAAGGCGAUGGGCGGCGCGGGCGAGCCCAUCAGAAACAACGGAAUGCCAGACCCUGAGUCAGACUGGCUGGGGUUUGCGAGCCCGUUUAGCUGA